UUGAGGUUUAUAUGCCAAGUUUGAAGUUUAUCAGUAAUACGUAGUUCGUAACGGUUCAAAUAAAUGGGUACUACAUACGACGUGAUAACGGAUAGAAAGAAUUAGAUAACUCGUACGCGUCGAUACUCAAAAACAAAAACAUGAAAAUUUUUUUAAUCUGCAAUAAAUUUAGCGUAGAACCUGUGUUUGUGUGUAUUUCGUGUACUUGAAGUUGAUCAAUCGACUGAAAUUAGCAUGGCUAGGUAGUUGAUUCUAGAUCAGCUCGACUAAUCCAAUGAAGUGGAUAUUAUUUUAAUAUUGUUACAAACUCUGAAAACCAUGCAAAAUGUUUUCUUCAUUAAUACUUCACUUGACAUCCGCUGUGUACAUUUUACCAGCGAUAAUUUUGGUAAUAAUAACGAGAUAUGUUAUUAAAACCUACAGAAGAGAUCCACGUUUGGUACAAUUUGCUGAGACAAUACCAGGUCCACCAGAAACUUCGAUUUUUGGAAGCUACGCAGACUUAUUUUAUGGAGAAGAUUCCAUCACAAAAAUGAAAAAAUAUAUGGAUAAAUAUGGCCAUGUGUAUAAAUUAUGGUUCGGCAGACAUCUCGUCGUAGGAUUAUCUAAAGUAGAAGAUAUAGAUGCAGUUUUCAUGAGCUCAAAGAUGCUAGGAAAACCAGAGAUGUUUUAUGUAUUUCAUGAUUUUUGGGGUGAUGGAUUGUUCACAAGCCCUCUGAACAUUUGGAAAAACAACCGAAAAAGACUGGUGCCAGCUUACGGAAGUAAUAGAUUCAAUCAAUAUACAAUCGAUAUAAAUAAUAAAAUAAAAAAUUCCAUGAAAAUCGUAGAGAAGCAUGUGAAUGGGCCAGAAUUUGAUAUUAAAGAAUACACACCACUUUUAUCAUUUGAUAUCAUCACAAAACUUUUAUUCAACAUGGAACUCAGUUAUGACCAUCAUGUGGCCAAAGAAUUUAGUCUCGGUGUCAUGAAUGCUAGUUUGAUAUCUUACCAAAGAAUGUGUUUACCAUGGUUCCAUAUGAAAUUCGUCAGUUAUUUUUACUUCAAGAAAAGAGCUAAAGAGGCAAUCGAAGGCACAAAAAAUCUAGCUAAAAAGAUACUGAAAGAAAAAAUGCCCCAAAUUAAUAAAGAAAUCAGGCUUCAUAAAGAAAACCCAGAUAAAUUACCAGUCGGAGAAAUACCACCAAAAUUAUUUUUGACUCACGCAUUCGAGUUACUCAAUGACGGAUAUGAUGAAUCAGUGGUACAUGAUGAAAUAAUGAACGGAAUUGCUGGAGGAACAGAAACAACUGCGACCGAACUGGCAUUUUUUUUCUUGUCUAUAGCAAUUCAUCAGGAUAUCCAGGUUAAACUAUACGACGAAAUUCACGAAGUUUUCGGUGACAGUGAUCGGGAUGCAGAUCAAGAAGAUAUAAAACGACUAUCGUAUCUCGAUCAAGUAUUAAAAGAAACCUUACGAAGGUUUCCUUUGGUUCCAUUCGUUCUCAGAGAUGUUGCAGAAGACAGUAAAAUAGGUGAUCGCGUAUUCCCUGCUGGUACUGCACUGUUAAUACCAAUAGCCGCAGUUCACAUGGAUCCCAAGUAUUACCCCAACCCUUGGGAAUUCAAUCCACAAAAUUUUAGCCCAGAGGUAGCAGCAAAUCGUCCUAAACACGCGUUCAUACCUUUCAGUGCCGGAGCAAGGAAUUGCAUUGGACAAAAUUUAGCUAUACUGGAAAUGAAACUGAUUGCAACUGCGUUUCUGAGGAAAUACAGCUUCCACACGACGAUGACGAUGAAGGAUAUCAAAUUGAAUAACUCUUUUAUCAUAUAUUGCGAGAGUGGAUACAACGUAUCCGUAAAACAUCGAAUAACAAAACCUUCUUAUUUAUUAAGUAACUGAACUCGAAUGUUUAAAAAUAAAUAUGGCAAUUGUUUAUAAAAUUCAAUGAAAAAUAUUUUUUAAAUA